AUGGAUAUUAGUGAGUCUACUCAGAUGAAGGCGAUUCCAGGACCUGAAUCCGAGCCAUUUGAAACUUUCAUUUACGAUCACAUGGAGAGGUCAGGGGAAAAUGAUUCAAUAUUGAACAUGAUGAAGCUCAAGGAUCCUGACUCCCUUGCUCUUAAGCUUUCUGACUUUCUCAGUUCUUCUCAAAACUCUGAUUUCCGUGAAAAAUGUGCUAAAAUCCUUUAUGAAUUGCUUGUUGGUGAUGGUGAGGGGUGCAUUUGGAACAAUCUAAGUUCAUCAACUCAAUCCACCAUCAAGUGUAUCCUUGUUGUUCGUAUAAGGCUCGAAGAAUCAGAAUCCAUCAUCAAGCACUUAUGCUACAGCUUUUCGAACCUAUUUCUACCAUCUGAUAGCUGGCCUGAACUGUUGCCUUUCUUACACGAAUGUGUUAAUUCCAAUUCAAACAAGUUAAGAGACUCUUUUUUCUUAAUCUUCUCUGGAUUUUCUGAAGGCGUUUGCCAAACAUUAGUCCCUGAUAUAAUGAUCUCGUUCCCAGUUUUCCUAAAUACACUGAAUGAUGAUAUCCUUGAUCCUCAAGUGAGGGUCGGGGUUCUGACCACUGCAGUCAGAUUCAUUCUGUACCUCCCCAGUUCAAAUGAUAGGGAGUGGUUUCAGAAUCUAUUGCCAGCUAUGCUGAGGGCGCUGACUGAUGCAGUGAGAAAUGAUGCCGCACAAAACAUGCUAAAUCUUUUUAUUGAGUUGGCUAAGAAAGAGCCUAGGUUCUUCAGGAGGCAGCUUGUGGAUGUAGUGAGUGACAUGUUUGAGAUAGCUGAGGAUAAGAGUGUGAAAGAGAAGACAAAGCACUUGGCAGUUGAGUUCGUGUUAACUUUGGUUGAGGCGAAGAAAAAGGCUCCGGGUAUGAUGAAGAAGUUACCCUUCUUUACAAACAGAUGUUUUGCAAUGAUUUUGAAGUUGUUACUGGAUAUUGAGGAUGAACCUAGCUGGUAUAGCACAGACACUGAACAUGAGUACGCAGGGGAAACAGAGAACUACGCUUUUGGUGAGAAGUGUGUAGAACGGUUCUCGGCUGCAUUAGGUGGAAAGACUAUUGCUUCUAUUGCCAUGGAGCAGCUGGAGGCUUACUUUGACUCCCCGGAGUGGGAGAAGCGACAUGCAGCUCUCAGGGCAUUUUAUCAGAUAGCUGAAGGAAGCUGGAAGGUGAUGAUAAAGUAUUUGGAGAAAAUAGUGUAUGCGGUUUUGCAUUCUUGCCAAGAUCCUCAUCCUCGAGUCAGAUGGGCCGCUAUGGUUACAAUCAAACAGUUGUCGAUUGACUUUCAUUGGGAGUGGCAAGAAGAAUACCAUAACCAAGUAGUUCCUGUAAUAGUUGCAGCAAUGGAUGAUUUUCCUCGGAUGCAGAUAGAUGCAGCUUGUGCUCUUAGACAAUUCUUCGAUCCUACUAUGCCAGAAACUUUGGUACCUUACUUGGAUCAAAUACUCAACAAACUGCUUGUACUUCUUCAGAAUGAUGAUCAAAUGGUUCAGAAAGCAGCAAUAGAGGCAUUGAUCGAUAUAGCUGAGUUUUCUAAUGAGCACUUCAAGAAUUUCUAUGAUUUUGUAAUGCCAGAUUUGAAAAGUAUCCUGAUAAAUGCAAAUGAUAAAUCUAAUUACAAGCUUGCAUACAUGGUUAUGGAAGUGCUCAAGUCAUUACAAGAGUCUGAUAAUACUAAUAUUCACAUUCUAAAGGCAUGCCACUCAAUUUGUAAGUGCAUUGGUAAGGAAUUUCUUCCUUACAUGAGUACUGUUAUGCCACCUUUGGUUGAAUAUGCUCAGCUUGAGAUAGAUAAAGACUUGGAUGAUGAAUGUGAUGAUAGUAUACAUGAAGUCAAGUUAGGAGAUGGAAGGAUACGCAUCACAAGACGUGACCUCCUAGAUGGGAAAUCUACAGCCUGUAAUGUCCUUGUUUUAUUUGCUCAGACAUUGCAGGAAGCCUUCUACCCAUGGAUUUCCCAGGCUGCUUCAAUUUUAAUUCCCCUUCUGAAUUUCUCUAUGGAUUAUGAUGUCAGAGAAAAUGCUAUUCCUGAGAAAGGGAUUGCUCAAGAUGGAAUCCAGUUAAACUUCAAGCAGUUGUCUGAAGAGAUAAUACUGGCUCUGGGGGAAGCUUUAUAUUCGGAGCCUGAGACAGAAACAUGUACAAUUAUUUUGAGUGAAUUGAAUAAAUGCCUAAAGAUAUGUAGCCCACUUCUCAAUGAAGCUCACGUUCGUAGCAUCAUUGAUUGGAUAAAGCAUGUCAUUAGAGAAAGUUCACUUAGAAAAGGAGAACUCAUAGACAGAGAAAAAUCAGAAGACUUUGAUGCAGAGGAAGCUGACUUGCUGACCUACGAAAAAGAGCCAGAAGAAGAAAUUUUCAGCAAUGUUGUUGACAUAUUGAUAACAUUGAUCGAAACAUUCAAGGAUGCUUUCUUGCCCUUCCAUGAAGAGCUUUCAUCAGAUCUAAUGCCUAUGAGGGGAAAGGAUGAAACAACUGGAGAGAGAACACAACGUAUUCGUACAUUCAAUGCCUUCAUGGAGCAUUGUGAUGAAGUAGCUCAAAAGUACCAUAGUUUCUAUCUUCCUUUUCUCUUAGACGCAAGCAAUGACGACAAUCCAGAUGUUAGACAGGCUGCAUUUUGUGGACUUGGGCUUUGUGCUCAAUAUGGUGGUUAUGAUUUCAAACCUUUUAUUGGAGAGGCUCUUUCAAGGAUCAAUGUAGUCAUUAGGCAUUCCAAAGCUCUUGAACCUGACAACGUAACGGCAUAUGAUAGUGCUGUUUCUGCACUUGGUUGCAUAUGUCAAUUUCAUCUGGAAGAUAUUGACUCAGUGCAGAUUAUUCCGGCUUGGCUGAAUUGUCUUCCGAUAAAAGAUGACAUGAACAAAGCCAAAGCAGUUCUAGACCAGCUCUGUUCAAUGGUUGAAUGAUCAGACAGAGAACUAUUGGGUCCCAACUAUCUGCACCUUCCAAAGGUUAUUUCAGUUUUUACUGAGGUUCCAUGUGCUGGAGACGAUGUUGUUACAGAAGAAACUGCAAAUCGCAUAAUUCAUCUGUUAAGGCAAUUCAAGGAAACAAUACCACCAGCCAUCUUGGCAUCGGCACGAGCGUUGUUAUUGCCUCAGCAGGAGAUGGAAUUAGAAUCCAUUUUAUCACCUGAACAGGAAGACGUUAAAAUUUCAGCUCGUGCAAUGAAACUAGUAUAUGGCCUCGUGACUUGUUGCAAUCAAACAUCGUGUUGGUCAAAUGUAUAA